AUGCAGCCCUCCGAGAUGUUCGUCGGGUCCAUCGAUCAGGGGACCACCAGCACACGAUUUUUGAUCUUCAAUCGUGAUGGUGAACCCGUCGCGUCUCAUCAGGUCGAGUUUAACCAGAUCUACCCACAUCCAGGCUGGCACGAACACGACCCCCUCGAACUCGUCUCAUCCGUGGAAACCUGCAUCACCGGUGCCGUCCGAUCCUUCGAAAGCCAAGGCUUCACCCGCACCAGCAUCGCCUGCGUGGGAAUCACCAACCAACGCGAAACAACCGUGGUCUGGGACCACGAGACCGGCGAACCCCUCCACAACGCCGUUGUAUGGACCGACACACGCUCCCAAGCCAUCGUCUCCGAACUAAAAACUCGUCCCGGCGCAUCCAAUCUCCAAUCCCUCUGCGGUCUCCCGCUAUCCACUUACUCCUCCGCCACAAAACUGUUAUGGAUGCUUGGGCACGUGCCCAAGGUGAAAGACGCCUUUGAGCGCGGCACGUUGGCGUUUGGAACCGUUGAUGCCUGGCUGGUGUACCGUUUGAAUGGCGGUGCCGCUGCCAACGUGUUUGUCUCGGAUUCUACAAACGCGUCGCGUACUAUGUUCGUUAAUCUUGAGACGUUGCGGUAUGAUGAUACCCUGUUGGAUUUCUUUGGAAUUAAGGGGAAGAUUCAUUUACCGAGGAUUGUGCCCUCGAGUGAUCCCUCGGCGUAUGGGGUGAUUGUGAAUGGUGUUCUUGCGCAGGUGCCUAUUAUGGGAUGUCUGGGCGAUCAAUCGUCCGCGUUGGUGGGACAAAAGGGCUUUUCACCCGGAAUGGCAAAGAAUACUUACGGCACGGGCUGCUUCUUGCUGUACAAUGUUGGCGAGAAACCGGUGUUCUCAACCCAUGGACUGCUGGCGACGGUGGCUUAUGAUUUCGGCGGGAAACCCGUGUAUGCACUGGAAGGCAGCAUUGCCGUAGCCGGGUCUGGAGUCAAAUUCUUGCAGAAUAACCUGUCAUUUUUCCAGGAUUCGAAGGAGGUGAAUGACUUGGCCUUGACGGUGGAGGAUAACGGGGGUUGCGUGUUUGUGACUGCGUUUAGUGGGCUGUUUGCACCCUAUUGGAUUGAUGAUGCCAAAGGGACGAUCUUUGGUAUCACUCAGUACACGCAAAAAGGCCACAUUGCCCGCGCAACUCUUGAAGCCACUUGUUUUCAGACCAAAGCCAUCCUCGACGCAAUGGAAAAGGAUAGUGGCAAAGCUCUUUCUGAACUUGCUGUCGAUGGAGGUAUGAGUAACUCAGAUCUAGCAAUGCAGACGCAAGCAGACUUAAUUUCUAUCCCGGUCUACCGCCCAAAAAUGCGCGAAACCACAGCUCUAGGCGCCGCAAUCGCCGCCGGCCUCGCGGUGGGCAUGUGGCGCAACUUUGCCGAACUACGCGACAUCAACCGUGCCGGCGGCGCUGUCUUCGAGCCGCAAAUUACCCGUCAAGAAAGCGCCACCAAGUUCGAACAAUGGGAGAAAGCGGUUUGUAUGAGCCGUGGAUGGAUUAGCACUGACAGCACCGAGGGCAAAGACGGAGAUAGAACCCUGAACAACGAAACAAAACCCGCCACCCAUGAUUCCCAGCACACGAACACAAACAAAACCACAACCAACGGAGCACCACUACCACCAACCGCGAACCGGGGUCUAAAUAUCCCCAAGUCCGCACCCCGACAAACCAAUUCCCCACUAGUCUCAGAGCUAAUCACGAGCGACGGUUUCGGAACGACAUUGAAAGUGAAGACGAGAUCAGCCGCGAAUGGAGAAUCAGACAGAAAUCGGGAUUGGGACUUUUCGCCAGCGAAGACGCCAUUGAUUAGUGUUUCGGGGGAUUUGGAUGAUGCUGAUGAGGAAGAUUUGUUUUUGGAGUUGAGGAAGGUGGAGAUUUUGCAGAAGUUGAAGAAAUUGCAGAAGUUGAAAUUGGGGUAUUUCUAG